CAACGCCCGCCCCGCGCCGACAGGGCCCAAUCCGUUCGAAUAACGCACUUCUUCGCGAAGUCGCGCGACUUCAUGUUCUCGGGGCGGCUCGCCCUAGGGCGGCAUCUAUUGAUGCAUUUGCUCAGUCAAGCUCGCGCCCACGACCCCCCACCGGAGCCAAAUGCGCAACUUCCAUGGAGCCUUUUUCGAGGGGACGAGUUCUUUUUGUACUAACCUAUCGUUCCCCAUUUUGGGCUCGUCUCCCGCCGCCACGCCCGCCCGGCAAAGCCAGGCACAACCCGGAGUGCUGAUCUCGUCCAUGGCGCUAAGAUCCUGCGGGACUUGACGCGCCACGCGGGGGUUAACCUAACGGCAGCUCGAAUGCCCGAACGGAAAGAGGAACGGUCCCAGGGUCGGGGUGCCCCGUUGGUCGCUCGACUAGCUUCCUGGCAUCAAGGUUUCAGACGAUGGCAAAUCGACGAUUAAAGGGUCGGACCGUCAUGUAAAGGUUGCAACAAGUAUAUUGUACGGCAAAGCCCGGCCCGACGUAGUGGCUCAACAGGCCAUAAAACGAGACGGGGGAAGUCAAUGCCUAUUCCAAAGACAAGAUACAAUCUCUCAGGCAAAGUGCUCUUUUGUAACGAUCGCCGAGGUACAAUCAGAAUCAGUCCGUCGCCCACAAUUGCCACAACAUGCUCGCCUCCCUUUCCACCGUGUUGUUGGCGCUCGGCGCCGUCGCCUCGGCCUACGAGCUGCCAUCCAAUCUCAAGGCCAUCUACGACCAGCACAAGUCUGGUAGCUGCUCCAACAGCCUCUCCGGCACGUUCGGCGGCGGCGCCGUGUACUGCGGCGACCUGGCCAACGCCGUGUUCCUCAAGGGCAACGACGAGUACGACAACCUCGACAUCGACUGCGACGGCGCCAACAACUCGGCCGGCGACUGCGCCAACGACCCGUCCGGACAGGGGCAGACGUCCUUUGUCGACACGGUCAAGAACUACGGCAUCUCGGAUCUCGACGCCAACCUCCAUCCCUACGUCGUCUUUGGCAACGAGGGGGCCAGUCCGUCGUUUAACCCUCAGGACCACGGCAUCCAGCCUCUGAGUGUCAUGGCCGUUGUUUGCAAUAACCAAGUAUUCUACGGCGUCUGGGGAGAUACCAACGGAUUCACCUCGACCGGCGAGGCGUCCCUGGCACUGGGCAAGCUGUGCUUCCCCGACGGCGGGCUCUCGGGCGACAACGGACACGACGAAAAGGACGUCUUGUACAUUGGCUUCAGCGGCGACCGUGCCGUGCCCGGCAAGGAUGGCGCGGCGUGGACCGCGGGGAGCACGAACGAGUUUGAGGAUAGCAUCCAGGGCUUGGGCGACGAGCUUGUCGCCAGUCUCGCGUAGCUGAAUACAAGCCGCUUCGUUUCUAUUAAACAACGGGGCUCAGAUGUACGGUCAUCAACAUACAUUGUUGCC